AUGUCCACGGUCACCCAAAUUCUUUAUUUCACGCUUAAAGAGUCUGUUGUGCCCGAGAGUCCAACGAAUGACCCUGGGAGGCUCUUUUCAGAAGUAGUGUGUGCUGCGAGAUGUCUUUUUGGGUAUAUAAAAUCUUGCUGGAGCAGGACACUUGAAAAGGAAAAUGACAUUGUUUGGAUUAUAGAGUGGAAAGAGACGGAAAGGCCGGAAGACAACAUCCGCCGCUUCCCCAUGUGUCUGAUAACAAGUUGCCUCGAGUUUGAAACGAUGGUAUUCCCCUACUACGCCACAUUCACUCCGUCACUAAGUGUCAACCUCUUAGAGGCACCAGUCCUCGAGAUUAAACUCCUCCUAUUUCCUAGAGAACUUGAUUCUGCCGAUACGUCCAGGUUAUGGGAUAAUCUCUUUCACUUCCGCACUGAGUGCCUUCACUUGACGGGCUGUGCACCAGCUACCGGUAUGUCUAUAGGCUCCGUCCGUUGGCCUGAUACGACGUAUACUGCACCUGUGGACACCGGGCCGCGUCAGGCGCGGAUGGUGGUCAUCCUUACGGGGUGGGGGAGUAGGGCUGAGCAAGGGGCGGCGGAGAAGUCGGAACAAUUCAGGAAUGCAAUGGAGCCGCUCAAGGCAAUGAUGCUGCCGGCUGACCCGUUUCUGCGGCCGAGACACAUUCAGAUAAGAUGGCCAGAUUCUCCCGAGCGACAGAUCCCCGAGAUGGAGUCUUCCGAGUCUUCCGAGUCGUCCGAGUCUUCCGAGUCGUCCGAGUCUUCCGAGUCGGAGGACCCCGGGACAGAGACACUACCUAAUUGA